AUGCCGGAAUUACAGAAUCCGCGGUCGGAUGAUCAUUCAGUAUCAUGGCCAGAGAUAUUUUCGCAGCACCAGUCAAAUCUGAAUCGACACCUUCAAAUAUGUGGCAUGGUUAAGCAACAUGUCGUUCCAGAAAGUCCAUCAUUCCGCGCCAUUUCUUCCAUGUUGAAUCGAACUCAAGAGCUGCUCAAACAGCUAGAGGAACUCAGAAGUGAAUUUAUGCCUCAGCAUAAUGCAACCAGGUUCCUCUCAGGCAAAUGUGUGGAUAGGGUCGAUGAGCAAAGGGCAAUGAAUAGAGGUGCAGAAUCUGUGGGCCAGGGUCCUGCAACCUCACUUCCAUCUUCACAAAGCGGAAGCAAUCAACAUCCCAGUGAUGGAGCAAGCGCGACUGGGACACCGGUCCCACUUUUUGUGUUUGACAAGACACCCACUCCCAUUUCCCUCCCUCAGCGUCCACGAGGUAGGACCAAACGCUCACUAGACGACGAAAGCAGAGCUGAAGAUAAUGGCGAAGCCAUAACUGCCUUACCUAAAAGAAAGCGGCAGAAGUUUUUCUCAAUCGAGAAUGGCGACAAUACGUCUGCAAGUACUUCAUCCCGCUUCGUCGAAACUGAAGAUAUUUCGGCGGAGGUUGAAGCGCGACUCAAGGCAAAAGAAGAAAGCCGACGACGUAUGGCGGAGGAUCGGGAGAGGAAGAGGAAAAGGAAUAGCUCGGGGUCGAACUCUGGGGGGCUUGGUGCCGAAAGCUCAUCACAACAGCCGACGAAACGUUUCAGGGCAUAUCAUGGCACUGAACGGGAAGAACUUUCCGGCCCUUGUCCAACAGAUGGCAAUGUAACAAAACGCGAGAAAAGGAGAGCCGUUGGCAACGUUCAUGAGAUGGUCAAAAUCAACGGGGAAAGACAUGGUGCAACAAUGUACAAAAAGCUGAAGAAGUCAUGA